CUACAGGCGCUUCUAGCGAACUGUUCGAUGGAGUGGUCUAAGGAUAAAACGCUGAAGUUGAUCGAAUUGUUGCAAGUGAACGCGAGUAUUUGGAAUCCGUCUCUGUGUGAUACCAGAAGAGAUAAACAAAAACGCAAGGAAGAAUUACGGGUUAUAUCAGAACUGCUUGGCAUUUCAGUGCCGGAUACUACGAAGAAAAUUCAACACUUAAGAACACAAUACAACAGAGAAUCGGCAAGAGAGGCUAGAGCUAACGCCGAGGAUCCAAACGACAGAUACGUCAGUAAUUGGUACGCAUUUGAGUACCUCCACUUUAUGAAGGAUUCUAAUAAACCGUAUAGAGUAUUGCAGUCGGAUUUACAGUCAGAAGUAAACAGCAAUAUAGUAACACAUUCGGAAAACUCUAUUAGUGAAUGUAAAAUUGUUAAUCUAUCACCACCACAUAAAAUCCCGAGGACGGAUACCUUUACACCUGUCAAGCCAGAACUUCUUUUCCAAACUGAAUCCAAAAGUAGAGAUGAGUUUUCAGUUUUUGGAGAGUAUAUAGCCAAUGAAUUAAGAUCAUUAAAAGGCGAAAAAAACUUAUUAGUUGCUAAAAAGAAAAUCCAAGAUGUCAUAUUUGAAGUUAAAAUGGGUAUGAUCUGCGAACCGAGGACAGAACAAAAUUCAGGGUGUUCUGUCUACACACACACUAGUCAACCGCAUAAUUCACCACAGAUGCACAAUGGGAAACUAUACACCACACCAGUUAUGACAACAGCCCAUAUAGACCCUUUAACAUCAUCACAGACGCCCCCUACAUCAGGAAUAGGGGAGAUUAUCAUCAAUAGUGCUUGCCAUUACUCAACAUUCAAAGUGGACACCUAAUAGCAGUGUCAUCCACUUCCUAAUGAGGAAGUGGAUAAAACUGAAACAUAUACUAUAAGAAACUAGUUUUGUAUAGUUGAUUACCCUUAUCGGAUUCAAUAUUCUUAACCUAUGAAGCCGUAGCUUAAGAAAAUUCUGAACACAUAUGAAUAUGAUUUACAAACUGUAUGUAAUAAGUCAUCAUCAUCAUACAUCAUCAACAUAAACCUCCCCCAUAAGGGAAGUUUUGCUAAUAGUUGCCACAUUUGGCAAGUAGGUUGGCAACUACAAUUAAGAUUUAGUGAUAUUUUAAAAGGAAUGCUGCUGCCUAUUUCUGCCUAUUGGGACCAUUAAGUUCCCUUAAUCAGUUUUUACAACACCCACAGAAAAGGGAAGGGUGGCCUAUUCUAUGCUUGGGACUAUAUCACUACAUAGUAUAAAAUAAAGUCAAACAUAUAUAAUAAGCAUUGAAAGUAAAACAUUUAAUUAGAUCAUUCCAUUAUAAAAUUAUAGUGUAAUAUUUAUAAGGGUAUAGUCACUUACUAAUGACAUAUACUAAUUGUAAAUCUGUUAAAAAUACAUACCUACAUAUCUUUGUUAUAAAUUAAUGUUAAAACAAUUCUUAUCGGAUAAAAUUGUCCACAACCAAAAUAGUCAAAAUAUCAGGUCAAUAAAAAUACCUUUUAUUUCUAAAAUCUUUACAAUAAGUAUUACUAAGAUAAGCAGGAGCCUGUGAAUAUAUAUUAAAUUGCAGUUAUAUUCAUGUAUAUACGUACAAGUAUGUAUACUAUAUAAUUUCAAUGUUGUUGUUGUAACAUUACUAUUACAGUACUUUAUAAUGAAACUGAUAUUUAGCUAUGUUAUUUAAAGCAUUUUGCUUUGAUGCUUUUAUAUUAAGUAUUGAAAAAAACAGGUGUAGUUAUGCCUAUGUUGUUCAGUUAU